AUGAACCACGACCCAUAUACUGGUAAGUUGCAACAUCCCGAGUAUCGCAAUACUCCAUUAGUCUCCCCAAUUCCUCGUCCUACACUUGAAACAUGUCCUCCUUUACAAUCCCAGCAACAUCAAAGAUCAGCUCAAUACCAACAAAGUUAUUAUGGCCAUAAUAGUUAUCAUUCAACACCUCAUAUUUCUUCUACUCAUUCUAUGCAUACGAGUACUCCUCCAAAUGACCUUUCAAAUCAGCAACUAUUAACUCCGGUUGAGAUUCAAAAACAAAAUGCCAAUUUUUUGUCUUGCCAAAUUCCUUAUGAAGAAGGAAAAUCUAUUAAUGGCUUAAAAAUUGUAAAAGCCCUUAAAAAUAUCCCACACGAACGAUUUACAGCUGCCCGUGGAAAAUCCAAUCCUUAUGAAAAAGUUGGCCACUCGAUUUUCAUGAAUCGAUCCGCUUCUAAAUUGGCAUGUUUGGAUGCAUUGGUCAAUUUUACCGGUGUAAAAAGAUACGAUCCAGUAAAAGAUCUGGUUUACGGUUGGGGCAUUACUUUGACUGGUGAUCAAAAUUAUGAUUUAAAUAGAUUCAUAGCGGAUGCUAAGGUUCGCGAAUGUUUUAAACCUUCUUAUGGUGCGGAUGGUACAGGUAAUCUUUAUAAGGAAGAAAAUAUUCGACAUUUUGCAAAUGAGGUGAUGAUGGGGACUAAAAAUGAAGGUGCUGACUUGGUUACUGCUGAUGGGCGCAAUCCUCAAAUUGUUAGCUUUCUCCUAGAUGUUAACAAGAAGUUUAAUGAAAUAAAAUUGUCCUCCCCUGAAGGGCAAAAAGACGUUAAUGAAGUUGUAGAAUUUAAUGAAAUGAAUCAAGACGAAGAUUUUAUCGACUAUUUAAAAAUGAGCAAUAUGAAAAUUGCAAUUAAACAAACUGAGGCACUUGAAGAACUGCUAAAAUAUAUUUCAAACCCGUAUCCUUUUAUUUUUUGA